GAGAUUCCAAAGACCGGGAUCAAAUUUUUUACGUCUGGAGUUCCGUUUCUCACACUGAGUAGCGAAUUAGUGGAAUUCUCUACCAGAACACGUAGUAUCAUUACCUUCUGCUGUAACAUUCGAAGCCGAAUCGUAUCUUCAUAGUACUUCAAAUUGAAAGGAAUUCUAUGGGUCGAUAGACCUCUUAUCAUCACUGCUCAGAACUGAAGGCUGUUUAUCUAUAUCAUAUCAAGGUUAUCGGAACAAGCGAUGCUCCAAAAAUAGGUACUUAUCAUGCUUAAAUGGUCCAAGGAUAAAAAAGAUGACCAACCUACAGAUUGGCCAAAAUAUGCUGAACAUUUAGAACAUUGUGUUGACGAUGUACGACGUGUCGCAAGUGAUGUACACAGAGGUCUAGUGCAAAAUGUUCUCGUCAGUAAGAAAAAUAAAAAGUAUCCUGAGUAUGUACUGUCAACUAUUUUAAAAGAAUCCGUCGAUAAACCCAAUACAGAUGACCGACUUUUUGUUUGUGUCACUCGUGAAGCUAGUAAAGCUUUGUUAACUCUAUCUACAUAUCAUCGAGAUCAUGAGAAUAGAGUAGAACGUCAAAUUGUUGAACCACUAAAUCGUCUAACUGAAGAAACAUGUGUCAACAUUACAAAAGGUCGACGUAAUUUACAAAAAUGCUUGACAGAUGUUCGUAAUGCACGUGGACAAUUACAAAAAACUAUGCAAUGUAUACAAACAAAUACAAAUUCAAGUUAUCCUGGUUCUUGUAAUCCAUCUGUGACAAUUGAUGCAGUCAAUCGAAUUAGUCAAGCUCAACAUCAAUUAGAAGAGAAAAAAAGUGAAUUAGAAUCUUCAAAAGAACAAUUACUUCGUGAUCUGUAUUCAUUCGCCGCUGAAGAAGAAAACUAUUCACGCCUUAUACUUAAGUACUUUGAAUUACAAGAAAAUUAUUUAUCGGAUAGUUUACAGUUGGUUCAAAAAGUGAUUUCCGAUAUAUCCCAAACUAUCAGACUACAGAAAUGUCUUACUACAUUUGGCCGACAUCUACCUGAUCAUUUAGCCGAGACUAAACGAUCUAUCGCCUAUGUCCUAGACGUAUGUAUUAAUUAUUUGAAUCAAGAAUCUAUCAUGCAAGAAGAGGGUCUUUUUCGAAAGUCUGGAUCCCAAAAACGGACAGACCUCUUAGUAAAAGCUUUAAAUAUCAUGCAAAUCGAUGAACAUUUACUUAGAAAAUGUGACUGUGCUGUUGUUGCUGCUGCUUUGAAACAAUAUUUGCUUAGUCUUCCUGAACCAUUAAUCACUUAUGAUUUCGCUGAUCAAUGGGCUGCUGCUUCUAAAAAACCGAAUUCAGCAGCGGUUAAUCUACAGUUAAUUCAUAGUUGCCUUGAAAAAAUGCCUAAGGAGUUUCGUUUAAAUUUAGGCUAUUUAAUGUGCUUCUUGCAGAAAUUGUCUAGUCAAUCAGAUAUGAAUAAAAUGACUUCUGAUAAUUUAUCAAUAGUGAUUGCACCAAACGUGUAUAGACUUUCAUACUGUUCCAUGGGUACUGGUAAUAAUAUUGCCAAUGGCAGUUCAGUACGACAAAUUGAAGAUUUAGGAAAAUCUUUAGAUUUCUUACAAAGCAAUGGUCCAGGAAUUCAUUUAGUAGAUAUUCUUAUCCAAAAUGCAGAACAGUUAUUUGGUCAAGAGCAAGCCUCGUUUCGUGUAACUCAUGUCCCACCUAAUUUCGGAAUAAAAGUUUCUUCACAUUGUCCAUCUACUACUGGUUCUGUACCUUCAUUGAAGUCAUCAAAUUCCGGCACUGGUGUUUCUCAUGGAUUUGAUAGCAGUACCAUAGCGUUAAAUGAACAAUCAUCUCAGAAUGUUAACCAAUUAAUUGCUCCCAGAAAACCUGUUGGUGUUGAUCAUGAUUUUGGUGUUUCUACUUCUCAUUCAACUCAGUCUGCUAUAACUUCCAGGUAAUAGAUUACCUUAAUAAGUUAUUAUCGUUCUAAAAAUAUUUCUUUUCCAUUCUUACUUGUAUGUUCUUGUUAUUAGUUGUCUAUAAAAUCUUUGUUGAAGGAUGUCAAUCUACGGUCCUUGUAUGAUUAUUGACUGAACUUAUGUAGAAAUCACAGUGAAUUUCACCGGAUAAUGCGAAUCUGUAAGUGUAGUUGCUUUUUUCCAUCCCAUCUUACUGAACUGCGGAAAUAUCAGUUAAUAACAUCUGAUCUCUUAUUAUUUAUCGAAAUUACAAUUCUCCAUACAUCUCUCUAACCAACCUAUGAUUGCAAUUGUUAUAUGGUUCAAUGAUUCACACUAAUUCAACGAUAGGUCUUUUAGUACAAUCAAUCAAGAUCGAUGUCAAAUUUAAGUACUACUCCUAUACUUCAACGAAAGAAAAAUGCUGCUCCAAAACCACCAGUUCUUUUAAAUCCAACGAAUUAUUCAAUAACUCAUGUGAAUAAUAAUGAUCCUGAAAAAUCAGAAAAUCCCUCUGGCACUGACAUAGAAAACAAAAAUAAUGGUGAUAGUAACAACAUUUGUUGCAGUAGUCAUUCAGAAGUAUUAAUUCAUCAUUCUCAUCAUGAAAGUCUUCCACAAAUUAUAAGUAGCUCAACCACAAACUGCACAGAAUUAACAACCAUUAAUCAUAGUCAAAAAUUGUCAUUACCAUCACAAAUGAUCACACCACCAACUAUUCAUGAAUCGAAACUGAAUAAAGAUCUACCACCUAAACGACCCCCACCACCUGAUGCUAAUUCUAAGUCGAAUAAUUCUACAUUAGAAUUAGAUACUGAUAAUGUAACUGUUAUGUAGAAUAAUCGAUUUGUGUUCAACUCUAAGUGUGCUUGUUUUUUUUCUACUCAACAGAAAUUAUUAUCCAUAUCCUCCCACUUUUUUCGAGGUUUUUUUUAAACAAUUAGAAACUGCUAAAUUUAUGAAAAUCCCUUGUAAUUGAUUAUGUUUAUAAUACUUCUAACUACUACUACUUUUGUCAUAUGUAAGUAGUAAUAGUAGUUUAUUUAUGAAUAAAAUAUGUAAUUCAUGUUCAUUUCUCCUCUUCUAUCAUUUGAUAUUAGUCACUUUUGUUUAAAAACAAUUUCUCUAUCAUGAAUUUCCUGAUACAAAUCAGUCAUGUGUUUUGUUUUGUUUGUCGAAAGAAACUAUAAUAUUCCUAUUUAUUACAAUGUUGUAAACAAUAAACAAUUUUUUUUGUUGUGCAUGAUUAUUCAUACAUAUGUAUCCAUUUGCCAACUUCAUCUAUAUUUAGCUUUAUAUUCAUCUCUAAUGUUGCAACGGCGUAAGUGGACAAUGAAUUUAUGUUUAAAUCGUCUCACUAAAUUGUUCUCAAUAUUGUUUGUUGUAUGUGUGUGUGUGUGUGCAUGUACACACUGCACCAAAGAUUUCAACUUCCUUCACAAACCAACUUGUUUAUUUUUGUAUACUUAGAAAAACAAAGUAUGAAAAUUAUUAAUUUUCUUCAGUGGCCUAAUACAUUCCAAGUAUAUUAUUUGGUAUUCAGGUUUACUAGUUUGUUGUAUCAGUUUGUAAUAUUGUACAAGAAAGUUGUUGUGAUUCUUGUAAGUUAAUACAACCAUAUAUAACUUGUAAUAAUAACAGUUCGAAGCAUAUGCAUAUCAAUUAUCGUAUUAAGUGACACAUUAUCUUUUGCCUGUGCAACAGGAAUCAGUAUGAACAUCACAAAUAGUCUCGUUAUAAUAUUAUCAUAUUCUUUAAUCUGUAUACACUAUAUACUAUUUUUAAAUCUGUAAUUUUAAGUUUGACUGCUUUUCUAUUUAACUUUUUGAUUCAUUAAUGACUAUUUCACUAUUUCCUGCGUUAGCUGUCACUAUGAUCAGAUGCUUGAGCAUGAAACUUUGAUUUUUUUUAUUCCCAAAUUACUUAUAUUUGUUUUCCUGUUGUUACUUUCUAAAUCGUCUUCCAUUUCCUUUACGAAAUAAGCAAAAAAUGUUAUUUUUUAAAACAACCGUUGUUUUUUUUUGAAACAAGUACUAAGUAAACAAAAAUAAACGCUACCACAGUAGCAAACACUGCUGCUACUGAUUACUGUUGCUAUUCUUUAGCCGAUCGUAAUUACUUUAAUUUUUGUCGUUAGCUCCUGGAAUUCCUUGCACAAUUUGUACGGAUACAAUUAAUUGAAUUUCAUUUCAUCAAUUUUUAGAUGUUAGUAGUUGUUGUUGGCGUUUAUUGUUUUUAUGGAUGAUUAUUUUGUUUGUCGAUUUGUUCAACUGAAAUUGAUUUGAAGACAUUUUAAUUAAGUCUUGGAAGUAUUUUUUGCUUGAAUUUUAAGUGAGCUUUUCUUCUCGAGUCCUUGAUCAGGUUACUCAAUGAUACUCUAGAGAGAACUUGCUUCGAUCUUAUAUGAGGCCUUCACACGAUAGGCUAACUGAUUCAACCUUGGGGCUAGGAAUGUGUGCGUCCAAAUGGAACUCAAAUGGCCUUGUACAGUGACGAAAACUACCUGAUUGGUUGACAAGCGUGAGUGAAGACAAGUCAAAUAAAGCACUACUCGGUGUAUUUCUGAUUUGGAUUAGUGUAAAAGACACACGAAUAAACAGAUGACUUACAUGAUCACAACGCACAAACAACUAGAAAAAUACAUUUGUGUCCGAGCUGGGGAUUACGGUGGAAAAAUAGAGUACAAAAGGUUAGGUUUAAAUUACAAUAGUUUGGAACAGAAAACGGUAUGGCAGUGAGUCAUCCAUUAAACGAAAGCUUAUGGUUUAUAGAAUAGAUUUCUGACAAAAAUGUUUGUUCGUAUUUUAAAAUUUUGAACUGAGUGAAAUAACAUCCCACAAAAUAGCUCCUGUCGUUUGCCAUGUCUUCUCUAUUUUUUUGUUCACAUCAAGAGUCACUUGAAUUUUCUCUCACAAUUUGUUUAAGAGCAUCGUUAUAGUACUUAUAUGGUUUACAGCUGUUCUGUGGUAUCUAGUUUUUCUCUGAUGAUUUGGUGAUUUUAUGAAUGAAAACUUACCAAGUUGGAAUUAUC